GCGUAAGGCAGUGCACAUUCACGCACACGAAUAGAGAGCCUUUGUAUGAAUGCCAAUACAUGUCAACGUCCACUCGAUCAACGGUACAAAUGAGCACCCAUUGUAUUCACGCCAGCGGUCCAUCGGCAGGCAGCUGGUGCCCUCCAUGCUUCAAAAGAAUGAGUCCACCGAGAGACAGAGACAGAGAGAGGGAGACAGAGGGAGAGAGAGACAGAGAGAGGGAGAGAGAGGAAAGCCAAACACCGUCAGCAAGAAAACCGACAGGGGGGCCCUGGAUAGACAUUAUGCAAGUCAGUGUAUACGUAUACGUGUGUGUACACCGAUAUAUAUAAAGGUGUGUACAGAAGACAUACAAAUGCGUACAGACACAGAGAGAGAGGGGGGGGGUGGAGAGGGGGGGUCGACGUGAGGCAAGGCAGCAGAAAAUACGGACCAAGCGCACAUGCAUCUUACCUGCAGCCAGCCAUCCCUCCACGAUUCACCACAUGUGUCCGCACAGCACGAGUAAGAUGAAGAAGGAUUCGAGCACAUCGCUCCAGUAUGUAUGCAUUGUGUGUGCAUGACAGCAUUCAGCAAAAACGCCUGCCUCGGCGACCGAGUGGCAUUCAUGAAGUCACACACAAAAUGAAUUCAGGACGACACUCAGACAGUGAGGGAGAAAGGCAACCCGCCUCCCCGCCAGCAACCAGCCACACGCAUCAACGCCGCGGACCAACAAGCAGACAAGAAGGACUGACUGCAUGGAAGCAGCCUGUCUGUCUGUCCGUCUGUCAACUGGUGUGAUGACAUGGGUGUGUGGGUGUGGAUGGGCGAAGAGUGUGAAGUACACACUGCACGGCCACAGUGUGAGUGUAUCCAUUCAUCCAUCCAUCCAUCACGAAGCAGCCCAGCCCACAGACGCUGAUGCAGAUGCAGACGCAGACGCAGACGCCGCCGCGGCCUCGCCACCUGCUGAGAUUGCAUCAGCUGGCACAAACACGCAGCCAUACGUGCCCCACUUCGUUUGCUGCGUACCUCUGCUGCCCUCUCCGCUGCCAUCAUCAUCAAAGUCCUCAAAGUCGUCCUCCACAUCGUCAUCAUCGCCAUCGAAAUCUGCAUUACACACACGGAUGAUAGAGAAAGGCGUCAACCAUCCAUCCAUCCAUCCAUCUGUGUAUGCCCCUUCCUGGUUCCGAACCGUCGUCGCCGUCCAGAUCGUCGUUGUCGGAAUCUGCACCACACACCAACAGCAGUGAAGACAAUCCAUCCAUCCGUCUAUCCAUCCAUUUCCGUGUGUCCUGUGUCCGUACCGUCGUCACUGUCAUCAUCCUGCGGCUGCUGUCCCGCUCCCGGUGCGCCGUCAAACAGGAUGGCUGAGAUGACGGGCCCCAGCACCGCACGCGCCAGCCGAGUGGACACUGGGAAGCGGUCCUUGAAGGCGGCGCCACCCACACCACACACAGCCGACUCGGUCGUGCAGAUGCGGACAUCCGCUGCAAAAGAAUAAGAGGAGAGGACAGAGAUGAGAGUGAGUGUUGUAUGUAUGGUGUAUGGGAUGGACUGACUAGCGAGGGGAGGCCUCGCCGUGGGGAUGGCCACCGGAUCCCCGAUAAACAUCCAUGCGACGAAUGAGUGGCCGGCGUCGGUCAGAAUGAGAUGACGCCGAACUGCGGGCAGAGUGUCGGGGCAGACUGAUGCGGUGGUGGUGGUGCAUCCCUCCACUGGUGUGUGGGGGGACUGCGUCAGCAGGUUGUGCAGCCGGUCGUUGUCGACAUGGCUAACACACACAUAACAUACACUCGUAUGACGUGGCAAUGCCCACACAGAGUGAUGCCCCGCCUCACUGGUCGAGUGAUUGGUUCGUUGUGGUCAUCGUGUGAGUCGUCUCGAAGUGGUUGAGGGCGAUGCUCUUGACCCACGACGAAACAGACGAGAAGAAAAGCUGACCCGACGGCCGCCAGCCAAAGAGGUCGGAAUAUGCAAUGCGGCUGCCGACGGGCGGGUCGUGCUGCUGUCGGUGCUGCUGGUAGAGAAAGUCGGGAGGGAGGGGCGGGUCGACGUCGAUCUCGAAGCCGUCCUCGUCCUUGACGGCCCGCAGUCUGUUGCCGUGCUGGAAAAGCUGGAAGGUCGUGUUGUUGCCGAAUUGGAUGUGGGGGCCGACCAUCUUCAGCUGAGCCAACACACGGGGAGCGGCCAAAUACGCCUGCACACAAAAUACACCAACACACCACACACCGAUUAAAAGCCAUCCUCUCUGCCUUCCUCCCUCCCUCCCUCCCUCCCUCGGUUGGCUUACCGCCUUGUUUGGGUAUUGGUGCAGAUCGCCCGCAGUGAGCCUCACAGGCAGCUGGCAGUUGCCGCACUGCCCUGCCAGCUCAAUGGCCUCGCUCGUCUCACUCCAGCCGCCCACCUCCAUCACACACAGCGCCGCCAGCAUGUCACCCUUGCCCAUCUGCUGGUCGUCGAAUGUCAGCAGCUGCUGUCCGUUGGCCGUCCGCCGCAGCCCCGCCUGUCUGCUGAGCUCAUCGUCUGUUGUCCAUUGGCUGAGCCGCUGCCGUAGCUGAGACGUUUGGAAGAGCCCUCUCGCCCAUUUGCAGGUCUUCCUCAGCCGCAGGAUGUCAUUGAGACUGAGAAGGAAGAAUGUGCGCCGGCCGACGAGGACGUACUCGACGGGGUGCUGCUGCUGGUUGGGAUGCUGCUGGUUGGGCUGCAUCACGACCUUCGGGACU